AGUCAAGAGUGUAGGGUGUAUUUGUCGUCGUUAGAGUAAAUAUUAUAUUCGUAGGUCGGGUGAUCGAUUUCGGAGAAAAAGCAGAGUUGAUAAAAUAAUAACAAUUUGUUAUGUGUAUUGCCUUAUAUUAAAGUUCAGUGUUAAAUAAAUGGGUUAUAAAAUUACCUGUACAAAAUGCCUUACAAUUUGUAUUGGAAUUUCUUUUAUGAUGGCAUGUUUUAUUGCAACAAUUCCAAUACAGUCACCAGAACCACAGAAGCUUCAAAUAUCUACAAAAUUAAAAAAACUAGCAAUACUUGUGCCCUUCAGAGAUAGAUUUGAAGAGCUUCUAGAAUUUGUACCACACAUGUUCAACUUUUUACAGAAUCAAGGCAUUUUAUUUGAUAUAUUUGUUAUACAACAAAAAGAUUUGAAUCGGUUUAACCGAGCAUCUUUGAUAAAUGUUGGAUUUAUAUUCACGAGAGAUAAAUAUGAUUAUAUUGCUAUGCAUGAUGUAGAUUUGUUGCCUAUUAAUGAAAAUUUGAAAUACAUCUACCCACGGCUAGGUCCCAUGCAUAUAUCAUCACCAAAAACACAUCCCAAAUACCAUUAUGAUACCUUCAUUGGAGGGAUAUUGUUAAUAACUAAGGAACACUUUGAGUUAGUGAAGGGCAUGUCUAAUAACUACUGGGGUUGGGGUCUUGAAGAUGAUGAGUUUUAUGUGAGGCUGAAAGAUGCGGGGUUGAAGGUAUUUAGGCCAGAGAAUAUAACAACAGGAAUAGAAAAUACUUUCAGACAUAUGCAUGAUAAGACUUACCGCAAACGAGACCAACGAAGAUGUUAUAAUCAGAGGGAAGUAACUCGUCACAGAGACAGAAUCACAGGUGUUCAUGAUGUUAAAUACUCCAUAUAUAGUACGAAUAGUGUUGUGAUAGACAACUUGCCUAUUACAGUGAUCAAUGUUGAACUUAUAUGUGACAAGAAUGUUACGCCGUGGUGCCAAUGUCCUGAACCAGUAAACGUUAAGAAAAAUAGAUGAGAAGUUGACUAUUGCAGCACCUGAAUGGAUUGUAUCAGAACUUUUUGCCUUUUGAUGUUGCAGUAGAGACUGCAGUGACUUUUCUGUAGAAAAUGUUGAUAAAGCCUUAUUUGACCAAUACAACAAUUAACUCUAGCAAGUGUAUCAGUUUUCUUUUUAUGAUACUUUAAUAUUUAGGGUGAAUUUACGAGUACCCUAUUACAAAGAGUCUUCCGUCUGUCAGUAGGCUGUUUCGCAUAAACUCCAAGUAAAAAAAUGAAUAUUAUCUUCAAUUAAGAAUAUUGUAUUGAAACUACUGUUUAUGAAGCGGUAUUUUUUUACUGAAAUAUUUUUCAAUGUUACGAUGAUUGACAACAAUGUAACCUUGACAUUGAAAAGAAUGUCAAAUACGUAAACGCGUUCUGUUUGUCUUUCAAUGAAAUAUAAAAAGAUGGCGUCACGGGACGCCCGAUAGAAGUGAUGACUUAAACAAAUCUAAGUUGAACUAUUUAAUAUUGAAAAUUUUUAACUUGAGAAGAGCUUAGGUUAUUACUUAAAUUUUAUGUAUAAUAUGAUAAUGUAAGGAAAGGUUAUUUAUUAAUAAAAUCUUUUAUUGAUUGUAUUAAAA